CUAGUCGGCCGAGAAGCGACUCGGGGUGCCCGGUGGCCCGGCGCGGGGACGUGGGGCUGGAGCCGGGGCCCAGAGCGGCAUCGGGGCCGGGACGGCACUGCCAGGCUGCUUGUCGGUCCUGAAGCUGGAGGGGCGCUCCGAACCGAGGUCUGCCUCUUUGAUGUGGUGCCCCUGCCCACUCGGGAAACGGGCCGUAACCCCGUGGGAAGGCUUGUGGGGCGCGCUGGACACCCAGGCUGUUUCUCCCAGGUCUGGGGCGGAGAGGACCCUCUUACCGUCAGCCCGAGACGAAGCUGACUCGCCUGACUUUGGCCGGACUCCCAUCCCCAUCCGACGCCCCAGCCUGGCCCCUGUGCAGGGCAGCAAGGGCUCCUGCGGAUGCAGGCGCACGGUGGGUCUGCACACUGCCUGAGAUGCACUGUGCGUGGCUGCAGACCCGGAGCCCGGCACCCCCAGUCCCUAGGGCUCACUCCCACCUGCGAGGCAGCCCCCUCCAUGGAGCCAGGCAGCGUGGAGAACCUGUCCAUAGUCUACCGGAGCAGCGACUUUCUGGUGGUAAACAAACACUGGGACCUGCGCAUUGAUAGUAAAACGUGGCGGGAGACCCUGACCCUGCAGAAGCAGCUGCGGCACCGCUUCCCAGAGCUAGCUGACCCUGACACUUGCUACGGGUUCAGGUUCUGCCACCAACUGGACUUCUCCACCAGUGGGGCACUGUGUGUGGCCCUUAACAAGGCAGCUGCAGGCAGUGCUUACAGGUGCUUCAAGGAGCGGCGAGUCACCAAGGCCUACCUGGCACUGGUUCGAGGCCACGUCCAGGAGAGCCAGAUGACCAUCAGCCAUGCCAUUGGCAAGAACAACACAGAGGGCCGGACCCACACCAUGUGCAUCGAGGGCACACAGGGUUGCGAAAACCCAAAGCCGAGUCUCACAGAGCUGGUGGUCCUGGAACAUGGGUUGUAUGCUGGCAGCCCAGCGUCCAAGGUGCUGUUGAAGCCACUUACAGGCCGGACUCACCAGCUGCGUGUGCACUGCAGUGCCCUGGGCCACCCCAUUGUGGGUGACCUGACAUAUGGGCAGGCUGAGGGCCAGGAAGACCAGCCCUUCCGAAUGAUGUUGCACGCCUUCUACUUGCGCAUACCUACACAGGCUGAGUGCGUGGAGGCCUGCACACCAGACCCCUUCCUGCCCUCACUGGAUGUCUGCUGGAGCCCACACACCCUAUUGCAGCCACUUGACCAGCUUGUCCAGGCCUUACGGGCUGCCUGUGACCCUGACCCCAUGGACAGUGGCCCUGGGCCCUGUAGCCCCUCCACACUGCUGCCUGAGCCAGGCCAGCUCCCUCCUGAAACUGAGGCACAGCGAGCCUCUUGUCUGCAGUGGUUAUCAGAGUGGACACUGGAGCCAGACAACUGAGAGUCACUGGGCUGUGUAGGGGGUGCUGGCUCAGUGCCAGUCUGCAGGAGGGACUGGCAGGGCUGGCAGGAUACCAGGUAGUCAUGUUUGCUGGAGGAUUGAGGCUCAGACUGUGGAAUAGAUGCUUGGCUACGGAGCUUCCUCCCAUGUCCCCUGGAGAAACUGAGGUUCUUCCUGGGAUAGUUUUUUUUUUUUUUUUUUUUUUUUUUUUUCUUUCUGGGAUGUACUCCUGGGGCCUGCAUUUCACAGACUUGCCCAGGCCACUCAGCAGGGAGGGACAGAGCCAGGACCAGGCCAGGCUCUGCCUCCAGGAUGGGCUCACUCUGGGCUCCUCAGGGCCUGGGCCUCCCUGUCUUUUGUGUUGUGAGGCACUCAGCUCCAGUCUGCCUCUUGAGUUCCCAGCCUGGUUGGACCUUCUGCACCUGUCUCCUUCCUGGCCUGGCCUGCUUCACACCUUGCUUCAGCUGCACUCUGCUGCUGGCCUCGCCUACGUCUGGAGCACAGGGGUGUGGGGGGGCUUCGGAAGAGGCACCUCCCCAUGUACUCCUAUCCUCUGGGUGCUGCUUCUGCUACAAGGUCCCACAGGCUUCUGACUGCAGCUCCUGCCACACCACCAUCUUCCUGGAUCACACAGCAGUGGGAUGCCAGUCCAUGCCUUCAGGGAAAGCACAGCCUGGCCUCACCUCCUGUCCCCUACACCUUGGCCAACCACCCUGGCAGCAGCUGG